CCCUCGGUCCCGGGCGGCUCGCGGGGCUCGCGGGGCGGCUCGCGGGGCGGGAGGAGGGAGGAGGGCACACAUUAGUUCAUUAGUUCUCCUUUAAGCCUCUCUCCUCUCCCCGCCGCCCCUCCUCGUCCGCCAGCAUGACGCUCCCUCCUCUCGCACACAUUCUUUCCCUCCGCUCUCUGACUCCGUUCCGUCCCUAGAACAAACUUUUCAACCCUAUUGAUAAUCUUUCUAAAUCCUUCUGCUGUGUUGGGAAGAAAUGACGGUGUGGACGACGGCAGCACGGCUUUGUGAGCGUCGCUUCUGACAGCUGAGCUCCUUCGGCUAUGUCACAGUCCCCUCUUUGAUGAGACCAUGAGAACCCACACCCGCGGGGCCCCCACAGUCUUCUUCUUAAGUCUGCUGUGGCCCCUGCUCUCUUUGGUGGUGGUGGUGGCAGCAGCAGCGGUGGAAGUGGACCCCAGCAGAGGAAUCCCCUUCAUGGGAGGCAACUACAAUGGUCAUCCCAUGCUGUACUUCAGUCCGGGGGAUGUGGAGGAGAUGCAGUACGCAGCCACGGGGACUCACCGGGACAUGGCGAGGAGGAUCCGUGAGGCUGGUGAAACCAUGCUGGAGCACCCUGAGGAGUACCUGCCCCCCUGGAGCCCCGCAGAGUUCAGCGCCCGCUGGAACGAGGUGUAUGGAAACAACCUGGGUGUGCUGUCCAUGUUCUGCCUGCUGUACCCACACAGGGCCGGGGCUGUCGACCUCGCCAAGGAUUAUAUGGAGAGAAUGGCAGCUCAGCCUAGUUGGUUGGUCAAAGAUGCACCCUGGGAUGAAGUCCCUUUGGCACACUCUUUAGUUGGGUUUGCCACCGCAUAUGACUUCCUGUAUGAGUACUUGAACAAGGGCCAGCAGGAGCGUUUCAUCCAGGUGAUCGGCAAUGCGUCACGGCUCAUGUAUGAGAAGUCCUACGUCCGAGGCUGGGGGUUCCAGUACCUGCACAACCACCAGCCCACCAACUGUGUCGCUCUGCUCACAGGAAGCCUUGUUUACAUGACCCAAGGUUAUCUCCAGGAGGCCUACCUGUGGACCAAGCAGGUCUUGUCCAUCAUGGAGAAGUCCAUGGUCCUUCUGCAGGAUGUGACUGAUGGCUCGCUGUAUGAAGGAGUGGCCUACGGGACUUACACCACCCGCUCUCUGUUUCAGUAUAUGUUCCUGGUGCAGCGCCACUUCGCUAUCAGCCACUUUGACCAUCCCUGGCUCCUUAAACACUUUGCUUUCCUUUACCGGACCAUCCUGCCUGGAUUUCAGCGCACUGUGGCCAUUGCAGAUUCCAACUACAACUGGUUCUAUGGGCCAGAGAGCCAGCUGGUCUUUUUGGACCGUUAUGUGUUGCGUAAUGGCAGUGGAAACUGGCUAGCAGACCAGAUUCAUCAAAACAGGGUGAUGGAAGGGCCAGGGCAGGCUGGAAAAGGCCAGCGAUGGUGUACUCUCCACACAGAGUUCAUCUGGUAUGACCCAAGCCUGUUUCCCAAGCCUCCAUCAGAUUUUGGGACAUCCCAACUCCACUACUUUGAGGACUGGGGUGUGGUGACAUAUGGCAGUGCAUUACCUACAGGCACCAAUCACAGCUUUCUCUCCUUCAAGUCCGGGAAGCUGGGGGGUCGCGCCAUCUUCAACAUCGUUCACAGGAACAAGUACAAAGAGUGGAUCAAAGGAUGGAGGAACUUCAAUGCUGGGCAUGAGCACCCUGAUCAGAACACUUUCACUUUUGCACCCAAUGGUGUCCCAUUUAUUACUGAGGCAUUGUACGGACCCAAGUACACUUUGUUGAAUAAUGCAGUUUUGUUUAGCCCGGCCAUGUCAGGGAGUUGCUUUAAACCAUGGGCUGGACAAGUUACUGAAGCUUGUGAUUCCAAGUGGCUGAAAUACAAGGUGGGGCUGGCUGCUGAUACCCAGGGCAGAGUAGAAGCUGCUAUGGAGAGACAGGGAAUGGUCUUCAUACGUGGUGAGGGACAUUCGGCUUAUAAUCCAGAGCUGAAGAUCAGGAACUUUCAAAGAAACUUACUCCUUCUUCAUCCACAGCUCCUGCUCCUCGUGGAUCACAUCCACCUGGAUCCAGACAGCCCAACAAGGGCAAUGAGUGCCUUCUUUCACAACACAGAACUUCCAUUUCAGGGUACAAAGAUAGAUGGUGUUCAUGGAGCAUUUGUAUCACACAGGGAGGAUAAGUAUAAAAUGUUCUGGAUGGAUGACACAGGCUACAGUAACAAGGGAUUGGUAGGUUACUGGAAUUACCCUCGAGGGUACCCGUACAAUGGCUCAAACUAUGUGAACGUCACAAUGCCAUUGAGGUACCCUCACACAAGGGUGGCCUACAUCUUUUUUGGACCAGGUGUGGAUAUACAGAGCUUCAGCUUGCGUGGCGAUGACACGAGAGUGGAUAUUUAUCUGGCCACCAAGGAUCACACCUACACCAUCUACCUGCUGACCGGGGAGGCCACCAGCAAGCCUCUGUUUGCCAUGGUGCUGCUGGACAACAAGAAGAUUGUGUUUGAGAAGGCGUCGGCUGUGAUGGACAGCUCGCCUGAGGAGGUAGAGGAAUACGUCAAUGUGAUGGAGGAUAACCUCCAACACGUCAAGCCUGUCUUCCAGCAGAUGGAGAGACACAUCCUCGGGCGAGUUCUCAACAAUGCCAGCUUCCGUAAGACUGCAGAGCGCCUCCUUCAGUUCUCUGACAAAAAGAAGACGGAGGAGGUCAUUGAGAAGAUGUUUGCUAUGUCCAAGAAACAGGGCAAGAGUAAAGGGGGGAGGAAAGUAAACCUUGGAGAGAAGCUUUCUGAGAGUCUACCUGACAUUUUUGCACAGAUUGAGUUGAAUGAGAAAAAGGAGAGACAGAGGACUUCAAAGCGUACUUAUGAGGACAGUCCAGAGGAGGGAGAUGCAGAGUCAAGGGCCUUCAUGGAUUACACAGAUGGCCGCAAAAACAGAAAGGGGGCAUUUGUGAAGGGCCGCAAAUUCAAAGAGGUUCACAUGGUGGCAACAGCGGGGAGCGAGGGUCUCUCUAGCACAGCCUCCUACAUUAGGCUGUUUCUCCUCCUCAACACUGCCACUUUCUUUCUGCUGCUGGCUGUGAUACUGACUCGCUUUCAGAGGGGUCGCAGCCUGCAUACACAGAGGUGCUUCUACACCAUCCUUCUGAUCGACUGCUUCAUCUUACUGUACCUCUACUCCUCCUGCUCUCACACACAGUGUUAACAUCAUGAGCUGUCCUUCUAAAGAUCAAAUGAGCUGUUGUUAAUGUUGUAAAUGCACCCCACACCUCAGUCUGAGCCAGAUCUUAUGACCGUAUAUUUGGGUUGCUUUUAGGAAAAAGAAAAUCUGAGAUUUUGAAAAAGGUGUCACAAGGAAUUUAAAAAAUAAAUUGUACAUUUUCCAGAAAGAAGUUUAAAUGCUUAAAUGAUUAAGUCAUAAUCGUACAAGAAAAAACUCACAAUAAUUGUGAUAGUCUUGAUGUUAGAGAUGCUUCUUCAAAUGUUUAAUUCUUUGCUGCCUGUGCACUCUUCUUUUAAAAUUGUUAUCUCUUAAAAUAUUUAUAUUGUUAAAACUUUAUCCUGUAACAUUGUGACUUUUCCCUGAAAUUAUUACCUUUUACUGAUAAUAGUUAAUGAUUGUAUUUCAGAAUAUGAAUUUGUCUUUACAUUCUCAAUUUUUAAGUUUUGAGUUUUUAUUGUAAAAUUCUGACUUUUUCUUGAAAGUACAGUAUGACUAAAUACUCACAAUAGUGUGUCUUUCAUCAAGGCGAAGUCUUUUGCCCUUUGGUGGAUUGCCAUGGGACCUUACUUCAGAAAAAAUGUGUAUAAUUGAAUUGUUCAAGGAAUUACAGAUGUGUUUUUCUAUGUAAAAGAUUGUUUUUCAACUUCAGAAAGUCGCAGUUUGUCUUAAAACUAAACAAGUUUAAGACUGAAAAUACCGAAUUAUAAAGACUACACAAUGAACAGUCAUGUAUGAGACAUAAUCUCAUUUGACACUCACAAAACAAAAGAUCAUAACUAAACAUUGUAGAUUCAGUCCUGUACAUUAGCUAGCUCACAGAACUGACUGCCUCUCCUUUUGAACAACUGUAAAGCCAGACUUUUUCAGAUUUUCACCUUUUUCAAUACUUUUUCUGUUCUGAGAUGAUGGCCAUGUUCUUGUUCUUAUUACUGUAUAUUACAGAUUUUUAUAGAGCACGACAGUGUGGUUCACUGACAGGUUUUACACUAAACUAAAUUGUAUUUUACUGACUCAAUGACAGCGACUUUCAUGACUUGCAACGUUAUCUUUAAAUUGGCAAUUCACACAGUUUACAGUAGUCAGUGUCUCCAUCCAUUGACUACUGUACUUUUUUUUCCAUAAUAAGGUCCCAUUGGGCACAGUAGAAGGGGAUGGACGUGCCUCUCUAAUUUCAUAUUAUGACUUUUUCCACAAAAAAUGAUGACUUCAUCUUUAGAUAUCAGAUUAUUUUUCUAACAGUGACCCUAAUACUCAUAAUAUCUAUUAAGAUCCUAAUGGGUGUUCAGGAAAAACAACUGAUUCCAAAUAGGAAUUGAUGACUUGCAGAGAUGAAACCAGACCUCCUCUGAUGUAAGAAGCUUCUGUGGAGCUUGAGAACCGAGUCUGUGUGAAGUUCGUUCUUUGUAGUUUUCAGAUGUCAUGCCUUGUAUCAAAGAUCUCAAGGUUAGCCACUAUUAUACAGUCGCCUCAUCUGUACUUGAGAUUUGUCCUUUCUACAUAGUUCUUAGAAAUACAUUUAAAUGUAUAUAUGUGAAAGCAAGAUAUAUUUUUAUGGUCAUUUUUUUUACCAUUUGCAAAUAAAUUUACUACAUGCAUAGAUAUG